AACAGUUUUGAAAAACGUUUGGAUUAGUAGCAAACUACACGAUUAGCUGUGUUAAAAUUAAAAUCGUGUGGAAUUAUGGAGUAACUCAAUGUUAGCUAGCAAAUCGUUGGAAAUAGCUUUAGCCAUUCAGCUAGGCUAACGUUAGUGAAAGUAAACAAACCAAGAAACCCAGCUACUGCUAGCUGAUGUGUCAUCAAGGCGCUUUGCUGAAAUAGACUUAUAAGUGAGCUAGCUAGAUACUCGGUAUUCAUAUGUGUGUAUCCAUGAGAGGUGGCUAAACUAUGUGACAGAGACAUUUAUUUAUUUGUAAAUGUUUCCCUCGCUUCUUCUGUGCAUGAUAGAAACCUAACAAUGCAGUGCAACAAUGUGACAACUAUCCCCAAAGGGCUACUGCAGCUUCGAGACAGUUUGAGUAGCAUGAUGGACAGCCUGUACAAAGACCCCAAGGUGGCAGAGCUGAUGAACACAUCAAUGGGGCAGUACCUCAAUGACCACCCAUUCUUAGCCCUGGCUGUGUUGGUAUUUGGCUCCAUGGCCACUGUACCCAUUGGGAUUUUCCUGACCUUUGCCACCGUUACAUUCAUUGGUGCCACUGUGGGUUUCGUUUUAUUGGAGGUGUUUCUGCUAUCCCUAGGAGGGGUCAGUCUGCUGUGUGUGCUCUCUGCUCUGGCCAUCCUCUCCAUCCUGGUCUCCUUGGUCCUCGGUGCCUGUUACAUUACCUCUUACAAUGUGCUCAACUUCUACUACAGCCAGCGUGUCAGUAGGUACCGAGUCACUAGGUUGGAGCCUGCGACAAAUAUAACAGUCAUGGAACAAGAUGGAGAAGAAGAUGAAGAAGCCUAUGGGAAGCCGGAGGUUUAAGGAGCUGCAGCGUCAGUGAUGGAGAUGGCCUUCUACAGACACAAUCGUAUACUGAUCACUGCACUGCAGUCCUUUCACUGGCAGAUAGGGGUUCCUCUAGACUCAAGAACUAGAUAGAGUAAAACCUCAGGUUGACUUUUCAUUAAAGGCCCAAUGCAGCUGU